AUGCCUCGCUACAAGCGCACGCGAGACGAGUUCGAGACCGAUGCGCCCCUCGAGCCCGUGGUCCCGCCUCGGGACCAGGAGACCCUCCAUAAGCUGCGCAACAUGUGGGAGUUUGCCAGUCUGAUGCAGUACAUAUUCCUAUUCGGGCACGCCGUCAAAAUCGACGACGACUUCGACAUCGAGGUACGAUAGCACCCCGGCAUGAGACUAGUGCUGCCAUGUAUGGCGCGAGGGUACAUCUCAGAUUGGAUCACUGACUAGAUAUAAUGGUAGGACCUGGAAGCGGAAUGUCUAAAGCCCACACCGUCUGAGAAGCUCGGCAACAUUGGACUGCAACUGCUCAAAUACGUCUCAUCGCAUCGGGGCCUCACGUACGACUCUCCUACCAUGUCAGGAACUCGAACAGCGCUGAUGAAUUGCAGGUUAGAGAUAUUUGAUGAAUACACGAGGCGACAGUAUCUCGCCAAAGCCCCGCAACACAACCCCUUCGGCGACGAAGAGGAGCCAACCAAGUUCAACGACCUCGACGUCUGCACGCGUAUAAAGGUCUUGCAACAGCUGAGCACAUGGACACUAGGUAACGUGGAUCGUAUUAGGAGCUUGAUGCCGCAAGACGCCGACCAGCUGUCCUGGCGCAUGGAGCCCCUUGGCUGGGACAAGGAAGACCGCACAUACUACCUUCUUGACGACAACCGACUUUACCGCCGAGCCGAUGAGCCUCUACCUCCUCCCACCCCGAAGCCUAAGGCAAAGGCGAAGUCGAAGGCCAAGAGCAAGUCGUCAAAGAGCAGCAGGACCAGAGCGACGCGGUCGAGCAAGCGUAGGAAGGUGGAAGACACAGAGGACGAGGAGCCCGAAGAAGAAGACGAGCCUGAGGAAGCGGAUACCGCUAUGGAUGACACCUUGAUGACAAAUGGCGACCACGCAGCGCAAGAAGAAGAGCCCGGAUACGGCUUCACCAGCAAGACAUGGGAGUGUGUGGCAAUCACCUUGGAACACUAUCAGGACAUCAUGGCGAACAUGUUCCGCUCUCGCGACCCAAACGAAAAGAAUCUUCGAGCUCGGAUUGAAGCAGAUGUCCUUCCUACUAUCGAAAAGCGCGCCGAGGCAUUGAGACAGAAACAGCUGAAAAAGGUGCGGGAGUUGGAGAACUUGCAGAAAAUGGCAACGGCAAAGCGUUCUAGUCGUAUUGCAGACAAAGCCGAGAAGGACCGGCAAGAUCGCGAAGAGCGAGAAGCAGAAGAGAGGAGGCAUGCAGAGCUAAAGAUGGCUCGUGAGGAGCAAGAGAGACAGCGGAGAAUAGAAGAGGUGAGUCGAUGGCGGAGCAGAGCUGAUGAACUAGGCUAACGUGCAUCACAGGGUCACGAGUCGAGACGACUCACUCGCGAGCAAAGAGUGAGGGAGCGCGAGGCGAAGCGCAUUCUGCACGAAGAUGAGCUUGCGAGACUGGAAUCCGAAGGAGAGCGCGCGGAGUCCCAAGGCCCCAGCAGCGAAACCGCUGAUUCCAAGAGAGCUUCUGAACGACAGCGUCAGACCAAGAAAGAGCAACUAGAGAAAGAUCUGCAGGAGCUCGCCGAUGACGAAGGCAACUGGUAUUUCGACUGCUCUGUUUGUGGCAAGCAUGGCGAAAACAUGGACGACGGAACGCACAGCAUCGCCUGUGACAAGUGCAAUGUGUGGCAACACAGCAAAUGCCACGGCUUCUCUCCGAAGCAAGCCGAGAGCGAGAGCUUCAGUUUCGUCUGCAAUACCUGCAAGCGCAAGGAGGAAGACGCGAAGAAACCUAAGAUCCCGCCGCUGAAGCUGCACAAUCGCACAAGUGGCAGUCCGGAAGUAUCUAAGAGCCGCCCAGCGACUGCGAGCGGCCAGCAGUCCAAUAGUCGCCUCCCCGAUCACCUGGCCCGGCAGCUAGACUCGCUUCCUCAUCAGCAAAACCACCCCAGCCCUGGGCCAUUCGGUCAGCUCACGAACGGUCCUAGCCUGUUGCCACACGGUCAGGCUCAAGGCUCGCCGGGCUAUCGGUACCCUCCCGUGGGUAACUUUGCUCCUCAACCGACCCAGCAGACAUGGCCUCACGCUCCUCCACCAUAUGCAACAGCUCCAUCCAACAGCCACGCUCCCGCGUCUCACCAACAACAACAUCUUGCUGCUCAUCACGGCGCCGUCGCUUCCGCAGGAGGCCAUCCAGCAUAUCAUCAGCCGUACGGGUACCCGCCGCAGCUCAACGGCUACAAUCCACAAGCUUCUGCGGGUGCACAUUCAAUGGCGCACCAAUCACCACAACAUUACCAGUACCAGCCUCAGCUUCAGCCUCAGCCGCCGCACGGUCAUUACUAUCCCCCUCAGCAACAGCCGCAACGGCGGUCAUCAGGCCAACUGAUGAACGGUUUUCAAUCACCUAGCAAAGCUGGCCCCCAGGCAUCAGCUGCUUCGCCGCAAAAGUAUCCCACUCAGUCCCAAGGCAGUAUUCCAGCAUCUCCCCCGCAGUCUCAUCAGCAUCAAGGGCAGCCACUGGCUCGAAGUCCGAAUACCCAUCUGCCACCACCUACGAAAAAGGAACAUGAAGCAAGUCAAUCGCCUAUAAAGUCAUCACCGCCUCCACAUCUGCAGCAGCAACCUCCGCAUGCUGUAUCAUCAUCGCCCCAGCCCCCUCACAUUACUCAAACUCCCCAUCACAUGAAGCCGCCCGGGAUGAACGGACAUCAAAGCACCCAGCAAUCGAGCCAUCUUAGAACUCCUCAGAUGGACGCACGGCCUGGCAGUGCGAAUGGAAACAACAUCGUGGCCGAUGGAAUGAGCGGCCCGUGGCCACAGGGAAGUCAGGCAAUUCCACAAAAACAUGACCAGAGUCCUGCUCCGCCAUCGUCAGCGCACAGCAUCGGCGAGAAGAGAGUGUUUCCACCCCAUACGCCACUGGUGCCGAGUUCAAGCCAACAGGUUUCUGCUGCCACGGGUAGUGUACCUGUUAAGAAGGAGAUGCCGGGAACAGACGCACCCCCGACGCAGACUCCGGCUCGGAGUCUCCCGCAGACCACCACACCGCAGUAG